AUGGUUCAGCGGUUGACGUACCGGAGGCGGCACAGCUACGCCACCAAGUCCAACCAACAUCGGAUCGUUAAGACCCCCGGUGAGAAUCGCCGCCUCCCCUGCUCCUCCAGAUGCUCCUCUUUUCAUCACCUUCGUGUGGUCUAUGCCGUGGAGUCUGAUCCUUGUCUUUUGCUACAAUGUCCCUCGUUGACCGAACAUUUCCGACGAUGUAGCCUUGAUUCCUUUCUCUUUUCCUCCUUCUAUGCCGCCUGGGAUUUCCCCCGUGAUUUCCCGGCUGCUGCGUGACGAGAAUCUAGGGUUUUCCUUCUUCUUCCUCGUAUUUUCUCUUGCCGGCACGUAAUGCCACGGGAUCUGAGAUUGAUUGAUUUGUGUGUUUGUGCCAGGCGGAAAGCUCGUCUACCAGUCGACGAAGAAGAGGGCGAGCGGGCCGAAAUGCCCAGUCACUGGGAAGAGAAUCCAGGGGGUAGGCUUGUCGACUCUGUCAGUCAUCCCCCCUCGACGCCGCCAUUGAUAUCAGUUCUCUUUCGACUGGACAGUUUAUCCAGAUCGAAUCUGCUUCGUUCACCGCCCAUCUAUGGAACGCAAUCCGGCUUCGGCACCGAAAAAAUUGAAUCCAAGGAAUUCCGAUUGGAAUUGAUGCGGACUGAGCAUUAAAUUAAACCCUAAAUAAUCCUUCGGAUUUGAUUUCCUCUAUGAAGAUGAUCGGGUUUCAAGCAUUGUGCCCGAAAUCCUCGCCAUGCGAUGCUCGCCCUUCUUUCUCAACGCUGGUCGAAGAAUCUGAAUUUUGCUCUGUUCAUGCUCUCAUCAAUCAGUUCCAGUCUGGAAUUGAUGCCUUCCAGUAUGUGCUUGCAUUGCUUCCAUUGCUCAUCAUUCAUUUCCCCUAGUGGAGCAUCAUGCUUCUGCAACUAUCCACUGCAUGAUUAUGGUGCAAUUAUCUCUUGGGUGUUCUUGCGAUGUGGGUUGACGAAGAGUGGACAUCUUGGACAAUUCAUCCGGCAUUGUUCCAUGGAUGAUGAAGCAUGAAAAUGCUUAAUGUUUCUGAUUUUUUUUUAUUGGGCCGGUAAAAACAUAUUUCUUUGAACAAAUAGUUGGAAAUUUAUCUGUAAUUUCUUUUUUUUAUGAGGAGGCAUGAAUCUUCAUCCCGUUGUUCAUCAGUUUCUUUCCUCUACCUCUCGAGAUCUGCUGGAGAAUCGUCCUCUGCAUUUUUUCCGCAUGAAUCAUAUUGAAUCAUAUAUCUCGUGGAUCACAGAUUCCCCAUCUGCGGCCCACUGAGUACCGGCGAUCAAGAUUGGCGAGGAAUCGCAGGACGGUCAACCGGGCCUACGGUGGCGUUCUCUCCGGCGGCGCCGUCCGCGAGAGGUGGUCACAUCCAUCCCCUCUUCAUCAGCUGGUUCUCUCGCCCAUAUCUGUAUGAAUUCUGACCCAUGUGGGUUCUUCAGGAUCAUACGUGCCUUCCUAGUGGAGGAGCAGAAGAUCGUGAAGAAGGUGCUCAAGAUCCAGAAGGCCAAGGGGAAGCAAGCCUCCAAGCAGUAG